AUGGAGGAUUGGGAACUAGAAUACUGGCCUCACAGAAUCCCUUUUCAAGACAUCGAUGUAGCAACAAAAAGCUUUUCCGAUGAAAAUGUGAUCGGAAUCGGUGGAAACGGGAAGGUCUACAAAGGGGUCAUCGGAGGCACAGAAAUCGCCGUGAAAAGAAUCGCCCAUGACAACAACGACGGCGUCAGAGAGUUCUUGGCGGAGGUCUCAAGUCUCGGAAGACUAAAACACCGGAAUCUCGUCGGAUUAAGAGGCUGGUGCAAGAAAGAAAAAGGUAGCUUAAUCUUAGUUUACGAUUACAUGGAAAACGGAAGUCUAGACAAAAUGUUAUUCGAUCGGAAAGAUGACAACAAGAUCUUGAAUUUCAACGACAGACUGAGAAUCUUGAAAGAUGUCGCAAAUGGGGUUUUGUAUUUACACGAAGGGUGGGAAUCGAAGGUUUUACAUCGAGACAUAAAGUCAAGCAAUGUGUUACUCGACAAAGAAAUGAACGCAAAAUUAGGCGAUUUUGGAUUAGCCCGGAUGCACCAACACGGACAAGUGGCGACCACCACUCGGGUGGUCGGAACCGCCGGAUACCUAGCGCCGGAGGUGAUUAAAACCGGCCGCGCCUCCACACAAACCGACGUUUUCAGUUUCGGAAUCCUAAUUCUCGAAGUAAUAACCGGGAAACGACCGAUAACAGAAGGAACAAUCGCUUUAGUCAAUUGGGUAUCCCAAUUGAUGGAACAGGGCAAGCUAAUUUCCGCCAUGGAUGAGAAAUUAAAAGGUGAAGGUGGUGAAAUUGAAAUUGACGUUGAGGAAGUCGAAAAUGGUGCUGCAUUUGGGGCUAUUGUGCGCACAUCCGGAUGCGAAAAUGCGACCGACGAUGAGACAGAUUGUGAAGGUGUUAGAAGGGGAGAGGAGGAAGGAAGGAGAUGA